AACUCGUUGACUCUCCCGGGAAGAAGGAUGAUGAAUUUGUAAACCCAAUCAAGCGAAAAAGUAAGAUUCUUGGAACUUUCGUUUUCCAGUUUCACUCGCUUACAGAUGGAUCAAAGCUCUCCGUCUCCCGUCCUCCCUCAAGUCCUGGUUCUGAAACGUCCGCCGGCGUUCGUAUUAUUCGGCGACCAUUUCUAUGACUCACCCAAAUUCCAUUUCCUUAAAUCCUACGAGUCAGAUCUCCCUCUCCACCAAUUCUUGGCCACCCAUUCCCACUCUGUCCGGGCCAUCCUCUCUUCCGGCUGCUCCAUUGUCACCGCCGAUAUCAUUCGCCUCUUGCCGGAUCUUCGCCUCGUCGUUUCCACCAGCGCCGGCCUCAACCACAUCGACAUAGCCGAAUGCCGCCGUCGCGGCAUCGCUGUAGCCAACGCUGGUACCAUCUUCUCCCCAGAUGUCGCCGACGCGGCCAUCGGACUCCUGAUUGAUGUCUUGCGGAAAAUUUCAUCUGCCGAUCGAUAUGUGAAACGUGGACUUUGGACCAGUAAAGGGGAAUACCCGCUUGCUUGUAAGCUGGGUGGGAAACGAAUAGGGAUAGUCGGACUGGGGAGCAUAGGCGUAGAGGUGGCCAAAAGACUGGAAUCCUUCGGCUGCCAUAUCUCAUACAAUUCAAGAGCACGAAAACCCAGUUUUCCAUACCCAUUUUACACAAACGUGCGCGAGCUCGCAGCCGACAGCGAUGCACUCAUCAUCUGCUGCUCACUAACAGAGCAAACCCACCACAUGAUCGACAAGGAGGUUUUAUUGGCGCUGGGGAAGGAAGGAGUGGUUAUAAAUGUCGCGCGCGGCGGAGUUGUAGACGAGAAAGAAAUGGUUAGAUGUCUGGUGCAGGGAGAGAUCGGAGGUGCUGGGCUGGAUGUGUUCGAGAGGGAGCCUGAUGUGCCGGCUGAGCUGUUUGAAUUGGAUAGCGUCGUCAUGACGCCUCAUUCUGCGGUGUUUACCAUGGAGACUUUCGAGGAGUUGAGGAAAGUUGUAGUGGGUAACUUGGAAGCUUUCUUCGACAACAAACCCUUGCUUACUCCGGUUCAUGAUCAUUGAAUCAAGCUCUGUAUUCUUUCAAGGUAACAUGAUUUUAAGUCUCUUUCAAUUUAUAUCCCAAUAUUUUGCCAGCAUAUAUUGAUAUAGAAAUCUGAUAUUUGUAGAAUAUUAUAUUUAAUGGUCUCUUGGAUGUAUUCAACUCUAAAGUGUGUUUGGAACAAAAAAGUUGCAGACUUUCAGUCAUUUGUGUAUCUUAAUGCAUUUGAAGUUGAAGUUGUUCUAAAUAUGGAUUCAAUUUC